AUGAUGAGCAAUGCCUUUCAAAAUAUUCUUGGUCGCCAACCUCAUCAUUUACGAGAGGCUUUACGAACAAGAAAUCAUCAUUCAUCAGCAUUACCAUUACUAUCAUGGAAAACUUUCUCAAGAAAGAAUUCAUCUUUGAAUGGACAAAUGCUGCAUCGUUUUUACUCGACAGAGGCCGGACCUUCAUCUUUCUCCGAGACUGUUUCAACCACACCUUCAACAACAACGGAAGCAUCAAACAAACAAACAUCAAAUUCCAUUAAUAUUGAAGAUUUUAUGAAAGUUGAAAUUGUUGUUGGACAAAUCGUGAGUGCUCAAUUCGUAAAAAAGUCCAAGAAAUUAAUUUGUUUCAGAGUUAAUAUCGGAGAGCAAGAGCCUCGACAAAUACUUUCGGGAAUACGAACUCAUUAUCCAAGUCUUGAUAAAAAUACGACCUCUGCAGAAGAGGAAUUGAAUCAAUUAUUUGUGGGACAAAAGGUCCUCGUUGUCAAGAAUUUAGAAUCUAAAAUCAUGGCAGGUUUAGAAUCGCAUGGAAUGAUUUUAUUUGCCACCACUGAAACCAUUGAAAAUUCAGGAUCUGAAUUGACAGCAACUAAUGAAAAUUCAAUCACCCCAGUCAUGCCAAAGGAUUACGAACGUGUGAAACCUGGUACGAGAGUGUGCUAA